AAGAGGCAUUGUAAAAGAAAAGGAAAAAAAAAAAAAAAAAAAAAAAAUCUGAGCGUCCUUGUUGAGUACUUUCUACGAUUCAAAUUUUAUUUUAAUCGAAUUCUGAUUUGAGAGGGCCAUAUAUGAUGCGUAUUCUUACUGAUAAAAUAUAAAUUCACAGUUGAAUGUUUUGACAACGUUCUCAUGGAUUAAUAUCUAGAUCAAAGUGACAAUGUAUCUGAUUGAACAUAUCGUUCUCCAGAAGUUCAAUUGCCUUGGUUUGACUUGGAGGAAACCAUGGGAAAACUGAUUUGGAGAUGCGGGGUUUCGAUUUUUCUGUUGUUCUGGGCGAUUAUGGGUGUGUUUCCAAGAAAAUCAUUUGCAAUUGACAGCAUAAAAGCAGGGGAAUCCAUCAAUGGCAGUAACCAAAUAUUAGUUUCAGCUCAACAGAAGUUUGAGCUGGGAAUUUUCAAUCCUAAAGACUCCAAAUUUUACUACUUGGGAAUAUGGUACAGGAACAUCUCACAAACGGUUGUGUGGGUAGCAAACAGAGACAACCCAGUUGUAAAUUCCUCUGCCAGAUUAACACUCAAAGGACAAAGCCUGGUUCUUCAGGAUGAAAGCGAUGCAAUUCUAUGGUCUUCCACUUCUUCAGAAAUUGUUAAGGAACCAGUUGCUCAACUACUAGAUAAUGGUAAUUUGGUUAUAAGAGAAUCCGGGUCUGAAAAUUAUGUGUGGCAGAGUUUUGAUUACCCUUCUGAUACUCUGUUACCGGGCAUGAAACUCGGUUGGGACUCAAAAACCGGUAUGAACUGGAAGUUAACGUCAUGGAAAAGCUUGAACGAUCCGUCAUCUGGGGAUUUCACUUUUGGUAUGGACCCUGAUGGACUUCCCCAGUUUGAAACUCGCAGUGGAAACAUCACAACGUACAGGGAUGCCCCAUGGUUCGGUAAUAGGUUUAGUCGCAGUUCUGUUUUUAGAGAAGUGGCAAUUACUUCACCACAGUUCAAUUAUAAUGCGGAAGGAGCAUUCUUUUCAUACGAGUCUACAAAAAAUCUUACUGUAAGAUAUGCACUGCACGCAGAAGGCUACUUCGAACUAUUGUAUUGGAUGGAUGAUGCAAAUGAUUGGUACAGUUUGUCUUCAUUUCCAGGAGAUACUUGUGAUGACUACGGAAGCUGCGGAAAUUUUGGUCUUUGUACACUUUCCGUCGCAGCUCUCUGUGAUUGCGUUUAUGGGUAUCGACCAAAAUUGCCAGAUGAUUGGGGAAAGCAUAGCUGGUCAGGUGGCUGCGUUAGAAGAGACAAUCGAACCUGCGAAAAUGGAGAGGGGUUUAAAAGAAUCAGCAACGUGAAAUGGCCAGAUUCUUCAGGCGAUUUGGUGAAUGUCGAUGUGAGCUUUCAUGACUGCGAAGCGGCAUGCUUGAGUAAUUGCUCUUGCUUGGCAUAUGGAAUAAUGGAGCUUCCCACUGGCGGCAGUGGCUGCAUCACAUGGUUUAAGAAGUUGGUGGAUAUUAGGAUCUUUCCUGAUUAUGGACAGGAUAUCUAUGUGAGACUGGCUGCUUCAGAAUUAAAUGUAACUGCAAAGCCUUCAGAAUCAGAAUCGCCUAAGAGGAAGCUUAUAGUUGUGCUGAGUGUGUCUGUUGCUUCACUGAUAAGCUUCUUGAUUUUUGUUGCUUGCUUUAUCUUUUGGCGUAGAAGAAGGGCUGAGGGUAAUGAGGUUGAGGCUCAAGAGGACGAAGUUGAGUUGCCACUCUAUGAUUUUAGGAAGAUUGAGACCGCCACAAAUUAUUUUUCUUUUUCAAAUAAGAUUGGAGAAGGUGGUUUCGGUCCUGUGUACAAAGGAAUGCUUCCAUGUGGACAAGAAAUUGCAGUAAAAAGACUGGCAGAGGACUCAAGCCAAGGGCAAACCGAGCUAAGAAACGAGGUUCUAUUGAUCUCCAAACUCCAACAUCGUAACCUCGUCAAGCUACUUGGUUUCUGCAUUCAUCAACAAGAAACAUUGCUGGUCUAUGAAUAUAUGCCAAACAAAAGUCUAGACUAUUUUCUCUUUGAUGACAAGAAGCGAACUUUACUUAGUUGGAAAAAGAGGUUAGAUAUUAUAAUUGGAAUAGCUCGAGGUCUUCUCUAUCUCCAUCGAGAUUCAAGGCUUAUAAUUAUACAUAGGGAUCUCAAAGUGAGUAACAUCUUACUAGAUAACGAAAUGAAUCCAAAAAUUUCGGACUUUGGUUUGGCUCGCAUGUUUGGUGAAGACCAAAUUAUGACACGAACUAAAAGAGUUGUUGGGACCUAUGGCUAUAUGUCUCCGGAAUAUGCAAUCGACGGAUAUUUUUCAAUGAAAUCAGAUAUCUUCAGCUUUGGAGUUAUUCUUUUAGAACUAGUUAGUGGUAAGAAGAACAGGGGCUUCUUUCAUGCUGACCAUCAACUAAAUCUUCUUGGACAUGCAUGGAAACUUUGGGAUGAAGGCAAUGCUUUGGAAUUAAUGGAUGAAACAUUGAAGGAUCAAUUCCAAAACUCUGAAGCCCAGCGAUGCAUUCAAGUAGGACUUUUGUGCGUUCAAGAGAACCCUGAUGAAAGGCCAGCUAUGUGGUCUGUACUUUCAAUGUUAGAGAGUGAAAGUAUGGCAUUAUCUCUACCUAAACAACCUGGAUUUUACACAGAAAGAAUUAUUUCUAAGACCCAUAAUUUACCAGUUGAAGCCUCUUGUACUACCAAUAAAGUGACCGUUACUCUGCUGGAUGGUCGUUAGUCAUUAAUUUGACAAAAGAUUAUUGAGUUUCCCUUUCAUUGCUUUGCUUGACUGCCAAAAAGAAACCUUCUUGACAGCAUUUACAAUUUUCUCCUUUUCAUUCUGUUGGCUAUAAACUGGCUUGUGUUUUGAAAUAUUUGAUAAUAACUCCGACGAAUAUUUUCCUUUC